ACAGUGAUCGGUAUGUACAGGAGAGGAGUGUGGAGGUAUGACAGUGAUCGGUAUGUACAGGAGAGGAGUGUGGAGGUAUGACAGUGAUCAGUAUGUACAGGAGAGGAGUGUGGGGGGUAUGACAGUGAUCGGUAUGUACAGGAGAGGAGUGUGGAGGUAUGACAGUGAUCGGUAUGUACAGGAGAAGAGUGUGGGGGUAUGACAGUGAUCGGUAUGUACAGGAGAGGAGUGUGGGGGGGUAUGACAGUGAUCGGUAUGUACAGGAGAGGAGUGUACGGAGGUAUGACAGUGAUCGGUAUGUACAGGAGAGGAGUGUGGAGGUAUGACAGUGAUCGGUAUGUACAGGAGAGGAGUGUGGGGGGUGUGACAGUGAUCGGUAUGUACAGGAGAGGAGUG